CCCUCGACCUAUCGUUUCGUCGUUAAAAUCCCAUAAAAUGUCCUCCGGAAUCAAGCCUGACGAGACCUGCCUCAAGGCCUACGACGAGCUCAAGCUCGGCAAGAAGCACAAAUUCAUCAUCUACGCUAUCGCUUCCGAUUCGAAGAGCAUCACCACCGUCAAGCAGGCCACCUUGGAGGAGGGUCAGGAGUGGGAGACCUUCGUCGAGCAGUUGCCCGAGAAGGAGUGCCGAUGGGGAGUUUACGACCUGGAGUACGACCAGGGUGAGGGAAAGAGGAACAAGCUCUGCUUCGUCAUGUGGUCCCCCGAUGAUGCCCCGAUCCGACAGAAGAUGAUGUACGCCAGCAGCAAGGAUGCCAUUAGGAAGCAACUCGUCGGUAUCUCUGCCGAGAUCCAGGCUACCAGCUUCGACGAGAUCACCUUCGAAAGCGGUACGCACCUUUUCCGUAGUCUGUGUUCUUAGAUCGUUGUGCGCUCAUCCCUAUUCCGUCUUGUCGCUUAGUUAUGGACCGUGCCGCUCGUC